GGAUCCCGGUCGAGAUGGAGGAAGAUGCGAGCGGGGGCCGGCGGUCGCCGGGCGUGGAGGCUCGAGUGGGAGCUGUGGCCUAGAGGUCCGGGCUCGGAGUUCGCCUCAGUCGCGGCGGAACCUCCCUGAUCGGAGGAGGUCUCCAGGCGCCAUGGAGGACAAACGCAACAUCCAGAUCAUCGAGUGGGAACACUUGGACAAGAAGAAAUUUUACGUGUUUGGUGUGGCGAUGACGAUGAUGAUCCGUGUCAGCGUCUACCCGUUUACCCUCAUCCGCACCCGGCUGCAGGUCCAGAAAGGCAAGAGCCUCUACCACGGGACUUUUGAUGCCUUCAUCAAGAUCCUGCGAGCAGACGGUGUGACUGGCCUCUACCGGGGGUUCCUGGUCAACACCUUCACCCUCAUCUCUGGCCAGUGCUACGUCACCACGUACGAGCUCACCCGGAAGUUUGUCGCUGACUACAGCCAGAGCAACACAGUCAAGUCGCUGGUGGCCGGUGGCUCGGCCUCCCUCGUGGCCCAGAGCAUCACAGUGCCAAUUGAUGUGGUGUCCCAGCACCUGAUGAUGCAGCGCAAGGGCGAGAGAAUGGGCCGCUUCCAAGUGCGAGGGAGCCCCGAGGGACGAGGGAUAGUAGCCUUUGGCCAAACCAAGGACAUCAUCAGGCAGAUCCUGCGGGCUGACGGGCUCCGAGGCUUUUACCGAGGCUACGUGGCUUCACUGCUUACCUACAUCCCAAAUAGUGCUGUCUGGUGGCCCUUCUAUCACUUCUAUGCAGAACAGCUCUCAUACCUCUGUCCUAAGGAGUGCCCACACAUUGUCUUUCAAGCUGUGUCGGGGCCCCUGGCUGCGGCCACCGCUUCCAUCCUCACCAAUCCCAUGGACGUCAUCCGCACCCGCGUGCAGGUUGAAGGCAAGAGCUCCAUCAUCCUGACCUUCCGACAGCUGAUGGCAGAAGAGGGGCCUUGGGGCCUCAUGAAAGGCCUCUCGGCCAGAAUCAUCUCAGCCACGCCCUCCACCAUCGUCAUCGUGGUGGGUUACGAGAGCCUCAAGAAACUCAGCCUCCGACCUGAGCUGGUGGACUCAAGACACUGGUAACUCGUGGCGGGGAGCGACCCCCGCUGUUUGCCACACUACUCUGGGGUGGGGGCGGCGUGGGGAGGGUAGCACCCCCCCACCCCGUGCGCCCACCACAUUCGCAGCCCUGCCCUAGGCCGGACGGCCUGUCUCGGACACGACGGAGACUCUGAACUGCUCUUGCUUAAGAGACUCCACACCUGGACCCCCUGCUCCCGUUACUUUUUAUUUUCUUGCCAAACUGGGCUCCCUUGCUCAGUCUGGGUCCUCGGUCCUAUCCUAAGGAGACUCACCGUCCCCACCAGUCCCACCCCACCCAUCCGCUGCGAACCCUUCUUCUGGCUUCCCCCGCCAUCUGGGUCCCUGAGACCCUGACAAAGAGCUGUACAUAGAGCUUGCUUACUCUCACUGGUCUUCCUCCCGGGCUUUCAGCCCAGGUUCCAUCAGCUACCUUUCCUGCUUCAUCUCUCAGGCUUGCUUGUUUUUACUUUGGGACUGAGCUGCCCACCAGACUGCUCUGCUUUUCCCUGCCACCGGGGGGAGGGGGGCACGGUGCCAGGUACUUCUGCAUAGGGAGUGGGAGCAGAAAAACCUCUGGUUCUCCAGAGCACUUGUCCUCUCUUUGGAGAGUUAUUAGGUCGGGGACAAAUGUUGAUACUCUUAUUUUGUGUGUGUAUUUUUUUAACAUCUGUGAACUAGGUACUGUCAGUCCUGCUGAAGCACCAAUGCUGCAGUCAGAGCCCACCCCUUUCUCAGACAGGUGGAAAACGUGGCUUUUCCCUCAAUCCCAGUUACUUGUCCCUUUCACGUUCCUUCAGAGCCAGCAGCCCCCGGAC